UGUGCGGCGUGAUCUGUGCGCAGCGCCGAUGGAGGAAACAGUUUGAGGCUGAGCAGUCGGACUACUGACGGGAAAAAAGCUCCGCGUGUCCCAAUACAUUCUUGAUUUAAUGGGUCCCAUCAUCGAGAUGUCGCCGGAUAAGAAAGCGGAGUCUCCGGGCGUGCAGGCGGAGCUCUCGGGUCUGCGUGGCGUGUGUGUGUCGCUGCCCGAAGCCGAAUGCGCCGCCAGUCCUCUACCCACCAGCCUGGACCGCAGCUCUGCAGACGAGGAGCUCACCAACCUCAACUGGCUCCACGAAAACCUGCUCCAGAACUUCACUCUCGGCGGCACUGAAGCCCAGCCCAGCGCCGGCCCUCUCCUGGACAUCGAGGGAAACCACGCAAGUGCAGUCAUUUCGUCAGCCGCGUCGCACGGAGAGGAUUCGGUGAAAUCCAAACCGCCCUUCUCUUUCUCUCUGCUCAUUUAUAUGGCGAUCGAACAGUCACCCAGCAAAUCUCUGCCCGUAAAGGACAUCUACGGAUGGAUCCUGGAGCACUUCCCGUAUUUCUCCAGCGCCCCUACUGGAUGGAAGAACUCUGUGCGGCACAACCUCUCGCUUAAUAAGUGCUUCCGCAAGGUGGAGAGGAGCCUAGGGAAGGUGAACGGCAAGGGUUCUUUGUGGUGUGUGGACCCUGAAUACAGACCCAAUCUCAUUCAAGCCCUGAAGAAACAGCACUUUCCUACAGCCCACUCCUUCUGCACACCACCUGCUUUUCCACCCAGUGCCUUCUCACCCACACGUCAGCUCUUCCUCCAGGGCUGCUCUCUAAAAGAGUCUGAUAUUGAUGCAGCCACUGCGAUGAUGCUCUUGAACUCGGCCCCUGAACACCACACUGACCCAUGUGACCCGGACAGCCCUAUAGACCUCUCUCGGCCAGACUCGGUCUUAGUGAGCAGCGACCCGAAGCAGGACCACAACUACAGCAGCAGCAGCUCGUCCUUCCAGCGCUGCUCGUCUCGCUCUUCCUCCUCCUCCUCUUCCUCUCUGUCCUCUCUGGAUGAGGCAGGCUGUGAGUCAGGACCAGGCCUCGCCGCGACGGCAGUGAGGAUUUCACAGCGACGAAGACUCGGAAGAAGAAAGAAACCCACGUAUUGAAUGCCUGUUCACAGGCGCCCGCUCACAGUAA